CUCAGUUGCAUUUGGCUCUCUUCCUCUCUCCCAUGUUCUCUGUCUCUUUCCUCAAGCAAAGCAAAGCAGCUCUCGCUUUAAAAUAUUCCCACCCAACUCUCUGCUUCAUCUUCCUCCUCUGCUCAAGACACUUCGAUUUCUGCAUUAUCAGCCCCUUUCCAGGAAAAAAGAAAAGUGAGAGGAAAAUGGGGGGAUCCCAAGAAACUUGCACAGAUACUGAGAAGCCACGCAACGAAUCAAAUGCUCCAACGCCAAUUUCCCAUCAUCACGCCGACCACCAAAACGAGUCACAAAUCAAAACCCUUCUCAGAAAGAUGGUACUGGACUUUGGCUUGUCCUGUCUUCGUCCUUCUCCGAAGAAGCAGAGCCGGGACGAGGCCGAGAGCGGCGAUAAAGGCGGCCACUUGGAGAACAACAGGGCGUGGUUGCUUGCGGAGUCGACUGGCGGUGGGCGUGGCCCGGAGCUGGCGAACGCCGACCCGCAGUCCGUGCACUCGUCUUUCAGGUUCACCUUCUGCUCCCGGGUUGAGCUCGAGCCAUUCUGCGUCAACGCUUCCGCCGUCGGCACGACGGUUCUCAUGCUGAAUUUGGACAACGGAUUGGACGAGUGUGAUGCCCAGGAGGUCAAGUGGCGACGGGUCUUGUCGUUGGAGAAGAACAUUGCCCCAGUGGCCAAUACUUUGAUCAGAUUCGUCUACAGUGAAAUUCUCUCUGCAACUCGCAAUUUUUCGAAAGGCAGAGUGCUGGGAAGAGGGGCACUGAGCUGUGUAUUCAGAGGAAGGGUUGGCUACUUGAGAACAGCAGUGGCCAUAAAGCGUUUGGACAGAGAAGACAAGGAGUCCCCGAAGGCAUUCUUCAGAGAGCUGAUGAUUGCAAGCUCGCUUCACCACCCGAACAUAGUCCCUUUGCUAGGCUUCUGCAUUGAUCCGGAGGAGGGCCUUUUCUUGGUGUACAAGUACGUGUCCGGCGGAAGCUUAGAGCAGCAUUUGCACAAUAGGAAAAAGGGAGGUAAGGUUUGCCCAACGCUCCCAUGGUUGGCGAGGUACAAGGUCGCUGUCGGUGUUGCCGAGGCAAUGAUGUAUUUGCACAAUGGGACUGAGAAAUGUGUCGUUCACAGAGACAUCAAGCCCUCCAACAUUCUCCUCUCCUCCAAGAAAAAGCCCAAGUUGUGUGAUUUUGGGUUAGCUACAUGGACUUCUGGGCCAUCAGUCCCUUUCCUGUGCAAAACUGUCAAAGGAACAUUUGGAUAUUUGGCACCUGAAUAUUUCCAGCACGGGAAAGUGUCCGAUAAGACCGACGUUUACGCUUUCGGAGUGGUUUUGUUGGAGCUAAUAACCGGCCGGAAACCAAUUGAAGCAAAUAAGCCUGCAGGGGAGGAGAAUUUGGUCCUAUGGGCGAAACCCCUUUUGCAGAAAGGAGUAGGAGCCAUCCAAGAACUGCUUGAUCCCCGGCUUGGACACGCUCUCAGAAGCUCUAGCCCAGUUCUGAGGCUGAUUCAAGCAGCACACGCGUGCAUAAAUAGCGAAGAAUCUCAGAGGCCGCCCAUGGAUCGCGUCGUGGCCAUUCUAAGAGGCGAAGAGGAGCCUUCCUCAUUAAGUAGGAAGGGCUCUGCCUUUGUGGGAAACGGAUGCAUCAUCGACUUCUACAGUCAUCAACUACAACAAUCAAAGACCGACAUGGACGGGCACCUAGCCCUGGCAAUGCUAGGAGUUCCCGACAUUGAAGAUGACGAUCACCUCUUCUGUUGUUGAGGCUUGAGAACAAAAGAAACCCGACAGUUUCCUUCAGGAUUUUCUUCUUUGAUUAUUCGAAGCAACUCCUGCUCCAAGAACGGAACAGAGAAAAGCUGCUGUUAGAAACUUUAGAUAGCUAUAGCAGCCGAGUUUGGCGAUCAAUUACUCGUGUAUAUAUGGCAAUCGUUUCCCUCUUUUCCGCGAGGAAAGUGUCAAACAGACUCUCAUUCGCAAUCAGAGCAUUUGAGUUGUCCUCUAA